AUGUCGGACGCAAACCUUUCAGCUUCUAUCAAUCCUCUGCAGUCACCACCAAAGCGUACUCACAAGGCUGAAGGCAUCUAUGUCAAGCACGGAACAGGUCGCCAAGUUCAUAGAGAGGUUGAGGCUAUGGAAUUUGUUCGCCAACGUACAUCUAUUCCCAUCCCCUCCGUGUUCGAAAUUUAUGUCAACGACAACGAUGCGAGUGCAAGCAGCUGGUUCUCUAUGAGCGCGAUUCCUGGAAGUCCUCUCACGGAUGCUUGGCCCAGCAUGAACGACGAAGCACGCAGAGCGACCCAGGCGGAUCUUCGCAGCUACCUCCACGAACUACGGACCGUGCCUUCUCCGACGCCAGCCUACAUCGGGUCUUGUAGUGGUGGUUCAGCAUAUGACCAUCGCCUCAACAAUGGCUAUCCUUGUGGACCCUUCGCUUCAGUAUCAGAUUUUCACGAUUUUCUUGUGGUCCCUGUGGCCAGAUGUCCUCGGCAAGAGCUAGUUACAUACUAUCGCCAACAACUUGCAGAUAAUCAUGGGGUUGUUUUUACUCACGCGGAUCUGUGCGGGGAUCAUAUAUUUGUCGAGCCAAAAACUGGAAGAAUCACUGGGAUCAUUGACUGGGAGAUGGCUGGUUGGUGGCCUGCGUAUUGGGAGUAUACUAAAUCACGGUUUGGUAGUAGAUACCAAACAUGGUGGAAGACACUGCUAGGUCAUGUUCUGGACUCACACGAGCGCGAGCUUCGAAUUGAAGAAGAUCUGCAGCAGUUCUGA